AUGAACAUUUCCUCAGCAUCUGCCGCCAAAUUAGGGAGCCGAAACCCUAGGCUUCCAUCUCCUUCCCCCGCGCGUACCAACGCAGCUCCAUGUGGGACCCUCCUCGGCCGUGUUGCGGAGUAUUCAACCUCUUCACCAGCUGAUCCUCCAGCUCCAGCUAAGGAUGAGGAGGCGAAGAAGACUUACGAUUACGGUGGAAAAGGCGCAAUCGGGAAGGUUUGCCAGGUCAUCAGUGCUAUUUUCGAUGUGAGAUUUGAAGAUCAGGAAGGUCUGCCUCCGAUCAUGACGUCACUCGAGGUUCAAGAUCAUCCGACGAGGCUGGUACUUGAGGUGUCUCAUCAUUUGGGGCAGAAUGUUGUGAGAACGAUUGCUAUGGAUGGUCCUGAAGGGCUUGUUCGUGGAAGGCGCGUGCUCAACACUGGCGCUUAAGGAGAGCUUUUUGAUCUUUGAUCUAUUGGUUUGGAUCUGUAUUUGACCAUUGACUUAUCGAAAGUCUCGUUUUUUAUAAUAGAUUCGUUUAUUAUGAUAUGUGAAUCUGAGUGUUUGAUGUUUGUCUGUUGGCUCAGGUGCCUGUUGGAAGGGCUACUCUUGGACGUAUCAUGAACGUUCUUGGAGAACCUAUUGACGAGAGAGGCAAAAUUAAGACCGAACACUACCUACCUAUUCACAGAGAUGCUCCUGCUUUGGUUGAUUUAGCUACUGGUCAAGAGAUCCUUGCUACUGGUAUUAAGGUUGUUGAUCUGCUUGCUCCUUACCAAGGUUGUUUGUGACCACAUCAAUAAUGGUUUUGGAUGAGAUAACUUCUGUGGUGAUGAUGAAGAGAUGCUAAGUGUUCGUCCUACUGACGUUGAAGAGCUUGUGUUCCUGAAAUUUUCCAAAAUAUGGAGGUUUAAGUUCAGAAUUAGCUCAUGUACUAUGGAGAGCAGACUAUUAUUUCUUGAGAUAAUUGUGUGCUUUGAUCAAAAUUUCAGAUGGGGAUAAUUGUUAAUACAGCUCAAAAGCAUUUUUCUCUGUAUCGACAUUAACGAUUUAUAGUCUUGUAAAUAUAUAAGAGCUUUUAUUAAAGCUUCUGAUCUUUCACGCUUCUCUUUCGUAACAUGAUUGUGGUUGUUUC